AUGCUGUGCAUGUUUUUUGUCCUCUGCCUCUCAGAGGUGCACAUUCAGCUUUAUGCGCAGCAGCAGCUUUCUGCACACCCGCCACUUGACGCACAGCGCUCUGAGCUCUCUGAAGAUGCCAUCCUGGUUGCCAACAACCGCAUCCACGUGCCCCUGGGCCGGGCUGUGUUCGUGGACCCGGUCAAUGACCUGGUGAUUCAGACGCAGUCGGGCAACCGCUGCAGCGUGACCGUUCUGGACAACGACCCGCUCGCGGAGCGCCUCGGCCGCCUCUCACCUAAAAAGUUCCCCUGUGACUUUGGCCCCAGUGAUGUCACGUACACCCACUAUGGGUCAAGGAGUCCAGGCCGGGAUCGGGUGCGGCUGCAGCUGCGUCACGACACGCACGCCGAGACGGUCGUCAUCCCCUUUGUGAUGGAGAUUGAGGUGGUCUUUACGCAGCUGGAGCUGCUCACCAAGAACAUUCCCCUCACUGUCACCCACCUGAGGGGCACCAGCGACGCCAUAGACCACAAGAUCUUGGACUUUACCUUCGACUCGGAAGUGUAUAAGUGCAGGGUAAGGUCUUUGGCAGGCAGGAGCGCUCUGCCCCGCUACGGGCGGUUGCUAGAUGGUGGAAAGCUGUCCCAGACAAUGAACUGUGACGAGUUGACGCUGGCCGAUAUCCGCUAUGAUCACACGUUCCAGGGAGUGUCAUCCGACCGGGACUACAUCCCCAUGGUGGUGGAGCUCCGGGACCGAGAAGGCAACCUGGUGAAGCAGGAGCAUUUCCACUUGAUGGUCCAAAUCCACGGGGGCCAGGAAAACAUGGCGCCCAGGCCCAGCUUCAUCGCUAUGAUGAUGAUGGAAGUCAGCCAGUUCGUCAUAACAGCGUUCACUCCCGAAAUGCUUGCAUCAGAUGAUGCUGAGUCGGAACCAGGCGAGCUGGUUUUCAACAUCACGUCCCCGCUGUCCUACGAAGAGGGUUAUAUUGUCAGCACCGACGACCAGAACCUGCCUAUUAGCUCAUUUUACCAACGGGACCUGCAAGACCUCAAGAUCGCCUACAAGCCGCCAUCGCUGGACGCCGACACUGAGAGGAUCUUCCAGCUGGAAUUUGAAGUUAUGGACCCGGAGGGGGCUGUGUCUGAUCCCUUUGCCUUCACGAUUGUGGUGAAGCCCAUGAACUCGUUGGCGCCGGCGGUGACCAAAAACGCCGGCCAGCUCCUGUAUGAGGGUCAGUCGCGUCCCCUGGUAACAGGCCACAACCUGGAGAUCAGCAACGAGAACAACCUUGAGGCGCUGAGCUUCAAGGUGGCGAAGGGUUUGCGCCACGGCCUCUUGUUGGUGCUGGGUUCCCGCAGCGACAGCUUCACUGCUGCCGACCUAGCUGCAGGCACAGUGGUGUACCAGCACGAUGGCAGCGACACGCAUAGCGACAAUAUCCUGUUCAAGAUGACGGACGGCAAACACCAUGUGGAGUUCCUCUUCCCUGUCACUGUGGUGCCCAUUGACGACGAGCCGCCCAUUGUCAACACCAACACCGGCCUGGUGCUGUUUACGCAUCAGAUGAUGCCCGUGUCGCCUCUCACUCUUAGUGCUGCAGACAUCGACUCAGAAGAUUCCACUGUUAUGUUCACAAUGCUGCCGCCCUUUCCCGCAAUCGGCGUGAUCAUGCUGAGGCAGUCGGAUGCCCCGGAGGACCCUUCCUCGUGGAAAUUCAACUCAAAGGAUGAGGUCUACGAGAAAGAGGUGCGCAACUGGUUGCAGAAGGAUAUCACCGAUGGAAAGUUGUUUUACAAGCAUGUGGGACCUCGUAACAUCAACACCAUUAUGGACCAAUUAGUCUUCACAGUCCAGGAUGACAAUGACCCCCCAAAUGAGUCAGGCCAGGCUACAUUUGUAAUCCAGGUUUUGCCUGUUGACAAUGUCCCACCUGAGGUGUAUCCUGGGACUGCCCUGCAGAUGACAGUGGAGGAAUACAAGCUGACUCCGUUCAGUAAAGAAGUCCUGCGCUACACUGAUCUGGACUCUGAAGACCGUGACCUUAGAUACACAUUGUUGCUACCCCCUACAGAUACAGACAAAAACCACCCGGUGGUCUUUGGUUCUUUGGUUCUGACAGACAACCCUGAUGUUGAGGUGACCGAGUUCACUCAAACUCAAGUGAACCACCACAAGAUCGCCUACAGCCCGCCGAACACAAAGCUGGGUGUCACGGCGCAUAUGUUGCAGUUUCGGUAUAGCGUUGAAGACAUGGCAAGGAACAAUGUGGAAGGGGUAUUCACAAUCUACCUCCAGCCGAUCAACAACAUGCCCCCACAGAUCACCAACACUGGUUUUGCGGUGACGGAGGGUGGCUUGCACAUCCUCAGCCUCGGUGAGCUUGAGGCUGUAGAUGAUCACACAGAGAAUCAAACCAUUACCUUCAGGCUCAGUCAGCCACCCAAACAUGGAACCAUCCAGGUGGCAUUUGCCAGCUUGCCGGAAAAAGCUGUGUUCAGUCUCCAGGACCUCUCAGAAAGCAGGAUUUCAUACAACCAUCGUGGGGAGGGAACGGCUAGUGAUGACUUUCAGGUGGACAUCAGCGACAGUGUUCACCAGGUUACUGUAACGGUCAAAGUCCACGUGAAGCCGAUUGAUGAUGAGGCCCCGACUCUCAGGCUUCCCGCUGGCACCGUCGGCUUUCAUAUGGAUGUUCUGGAAAACGGCGCUGCAGAGAUCACUGCCAAUGUUAUCCCAGGCCGUGACAAUGGCACAGACGAUCUUCAGCUGACUUUCAUCCUGGAGGACCCGCCGGCAAUGGGGGAGAUCCUGGUGGAAGGCCUACCCGCCAGCAGGUUCACAGAGACAGAUGUGAUUAAUGGUGUGGUUGUCUACGCCCACACCGGUGGUGAGAUCGGGCUCACUUCUCACCAGGAUAGCUUCAACCUGACCCUCACGGACAUGUCUGACGAUUGGACGGUGGGCAGAAACUGGGUCCACGUGGUGCAUGUGGAAGUCACCAUACUCCCUGUUGACAGCGAGUCCCCUGAGGUCGGAGUCGGGGUGCAAUUCCGUGUUCUGGAAGGGGACAAAAACAUCAUUGGAAUUCAGCACUUGAAUGUCCAUGACAUCGACACCCCAGUUGAAGACAUCCUGUGCACGAUCAUAGUGCAACCAAACGCAGGGUAUGUGGAGAACAUUUCGCCCACUCCUGGUUCGGAAAAGUCUAGGUCGGGCACAGCUAUCAGCGCCUUUUCUAUCGGUGACGUCAGGUUGGGGAAUAUAUUCUAUGUGCAGAGCAUCUGGAAAGGUGUGGAGCCAGUGGAGGACUGGUUCACCUUUACGUGCUCGGAUGGCAUCAACUUCUCUGAAAAGAUCUUCUUUCCCAUCUUAAUCGUCCCCACCAAUGAUGAGUUGCCGGAAAUUAUCUUGAGGGAGAUCAUGGUGAUGGAGGGCAUGAAUGUGGUAUUGGACACAACCAUGGUGAACGGCCAUGAUGCUGAUGUGCCGGCCCAGGAGCUGAUGUUUAUCAUCUCCAGGCUGCCCAGACAUGGCGUCAUAAUGAGCCAUCUGCCCACCGGAUCCAUCUUAGUGAGCAACUUCACGCUGCAGGCAAUCCGAGCGGCGUCAAGCAUAGUCUACGAACACGAUGACUCGGAAACGACGGAGGACAGCUUCGAGCUCCUUCUGACCGAUGGGAAGUUUUCGGUGCGGAAGUCUGCAGUGGUGACUAUCAUCGCCGUUGAUGACGAGACCCCCAGGAUGCAAAUUAACAACGGUUUGGCGGUGGAAGUCGGCGAGACCAAAAAUGUUGACAGCAAAGUCCUCAAAGCCACAGAUUUGGAUUCGGAUGACAACUCACUCACCUACAUAAUCAGUUUCGGGCCCAGUCAGGGUCUCCUGCAGAAGAUAAACCCUCUUGGCUCUAUGGAGAAUAUUACAUCGGGCUUGAACUUCACGCAAAUAGAACUGAAUGCCAGACGUGUGUUUUAUACACACAAUGGCCAGGAAGGCAUCCGAGACUUGAUCAAGUUUGAUGUGACAGAUGGGAUCAACCCGCUGAUUGGCUGCUACUUCUACAUCACCAUAAGCGACAUCAAUGUCGUCUUCCCAGAUGUGGUCAACAAGGGCGUGUCCCUCAAGGAAGGCAACCACAUUACGCUGACCACUGAGCUCCUCAGCACCACUGACCUCAACAGUCCAGAUGAGAACCUAGUCUUCACCAUCACCAGGACGCCUGUGCGGGGCCACCUGGAGUGCACGGACACCCCCGGGAUUCCUGUCACUUCCUUCACACACCUCCAAUUAGCCAGAAGCCAGAUCUACUACAUCUCCACAGAUGAUGAGGUAAAGAUGGACAGCAUUGAGUUUGAAGUCACAGAUGGCUACAAUCCAAUCCUCAGAACCUUUCAGAUCUCCAUCCAAGAUGUGGACAACAAAAAACCUAUGGUGACGGUUAACAGUCUUUGGGUGACCAAGGGCCACAGUAAGAUCAUCACACCCUUCGAGCUCACCGCUGAGGACCAGGACACCACGGAGAAGUUGAUCAAGUUUAUUGUCACCCAGCUUCCGGUCCACGGAAUGCUCCUGUACAACAAAUCCAAACCGGUCAGCAUCUUUACUAAGCAGGACCUCAACGAAAACCUCAUCAGCUACAAACAUGAUGGCACAGAAUCUCUUGAGGACUCCUUCUCCUUCACAGUGACAGACGGCACCCACUCAGAUUUUUAUGUGUUCCCGGACACAGUCUUGGAGACACGCCGCCCGCAGACCCUGAAGAUCUCCGUGGUACCUGUGGACAACAGCGUCCCCCAGAUAGUUGUGAGCAAGGGCCUUCUCACCCUGAAGACUCUACCCACAGGGCAGCUGGGGCACCUUAUUGAAACAGAGCACCUGAGGACACCGCCGGUUCUGCUAUUCCAGGUCACAACGCCUCCCAGGCAUGGGUACCUGGUGAACCUGGGCCUCGGAAACACCUCGGUGGACAGCUUCAGUCAAGCCGAUAUCGACGAUCUGAACAUCUGGUACUUCCUGCGGAAAGAAGAAAACGCCACAUCGGACGUCUUCCGCUUCAGCGUGGAAGAUAACGGCGGCAACAAGCGGACUGACCAGGAGUUCCGCCUGGACUGGUGUUGGAUCUCGAUGGAGAAGGAGUUCUACGUGGUGGACGAGGGGGAUCAGGAGGAGGAUGGCGCCGAAGCCUUCCUGGAAGUGGUUCUCAGGCGGAGGGGCUACCUGGGGGAGACUUCCUUUGUAGGCAUCGGUACUCAGGACGGUAGUGCCAAAAAUGAGCAGGACUUCAGGGGCAAGUCCCAGAAGCAGGUCCAGUUCAGCCCGGGCCAAACUGUGGCCUCCUGGCGGAUCCAGAUCCUCAGCGACGGCAAGUACGAGCGGGCUGAAACUUUCCAGAUCCUUCUGUCGGAGCCCGUCAUGGCCGUGUUGGAAUACCCGGCUGCCGCCACCGUGGAAAUCCUGGACCCCAACGAUGAAUCGCGCGUCUUCUUCACCGAGGCUCUGCUGUCGGUGGCGGAGGACGUGGGCCAUUUGUCCAUCCCCGUCCAUCGCAGCGGCGACGUCGGCGAGGAGCUGACGGUGCUCUGCUACACGCAGCAGGAGGCGAGGUGCUCACUUAACUCAACACGCGACCCAAGGUCCGCCACGGGUACGAUGGACCCCGCCGUCCUGUCCCGCUCGGACUACAUUUCCCGGCCGGAAAACCGCGACAGCGUGCUUCGCUUUGACAAGGGCGAGCGGGAGAAGGCGUGCCGGGUGGUUGUCAUCGACGACGCGCUGUACGAGCCACCGGAGAAUUUCAACGUCACCCUCUCGGCGCCCGUGGGGGGCCGUCUGGGCCUGCGCCACCGCUCCGUCAAAGUCACCAUCCUCGAGGAUCAAGACGACGCUCCCAUAUUUUAUUUUGGCGAGGAGCACCGUCACGUGGACGAGAGCGACGGUUUUCUGGAAGUCAAAGUGUUCCGCACCGGCGGCGACCUCUCCAAAUCCGGCACCGUGACCGUCCGCUCUCGUGAAUCCGAGCCCGUCUCGGCGGAAGCCGGACUGGACUACGUGGGCAUCAGUUGGAACCUGAAUUUUGCCCCGGGCGUGAGCGCGUUGACCUUCCGGGUCAACAUACUGGACGAUCUGGAAAGACCUGUACUCGAAGGAUCAGAGAUUUUUGAUCUGGUCCUUGGCAUGCCGGUGAAUGGCAUCCUGGGAGAGCCGAGCAAAGUGACAGUUUCCAUCAACGACUCCUCGUCUGACUUACCCAAGGUGCAGUUCCACGAGGCGGUCCACUCCGGAGAGGAGCACCAGGGUCAGGUGGUGGCCAUGGUUUACCGCAGCGGUGACCUGCGCUUCGCGUUGAGCGUGCGAUGCUACACCCAGCAGAGCUCGGCGCGGGUCGCCGCUGACUUUGAUGAGCGGCCCAACACCGACGCAUCUGCAAUCACCUUCUUGGCUGGUGAGACGGAAAAGCCCUGUGUCCUGCGGCUAGUGGACGACUCGCUCUACGAGGAAGCGGAAGAACUCCGUUUGGUCCUCGGGAGCCCGAAGAGUGACUCGCAGUUUGGCGCCACACUGGGUGCCCUGAAGGAGACCUUGGUGGAAAUCAAGGACUCCGCAGACAGGCCCGUCAUCCAGUUCUCUGAGACCAAGUUCAGCGCCAGCGAGCCCAAAGCGGUGGGCGACGUGGCCAGUGUGCUGAUCCCUGUGGUGCGACUGGGCGCCACCUCUAUGGCGUCGGUCGUCCGCGUUCACACCGAAGACGCGUCGGCCGUGUCGGGGGAGGACUACCACCCUGUGUCCCAAGACAUUGUGUUCAAGCAGGGAGACAAGGAGCACAUUGUCAUCGUUGAGGUUCUCUUCGACAACUUGCCGGAGACGAGAGAAGCCUUCACGUUGCGCCUGAAGCCCGUCGACAACACGGUGACGGGGACCCAGAACACCACAGCCACUGUGUACAUCGAGGAGGCCGACAGCACGGCCGACGUCACCUUCCCCUCCCCCCCUCACGUGAUCUCGUUGCUCCACUAUGACCACCGAGCCGCCCGCACGUGGGAUUCGCAUCCGCCUGCCGGUUACCCCGUCGUCUGUGUCACCGCCUGCAACACCCGUCACCCGGACUACGACAAGGCGGGCUCCAUCUGCGAGCACAUCAAUGACAACCUGGCGCGCUACCGGUGGCUCGUCGCCGCCCCCGCCAGUCCCGAUGGCGUCACCGGCCCCAUGCGCGAGCUGGACUUCGACACCUUCUUUACGUCCUCCAAGGCCGUCACGCUGGACUCGAUCUACUUCCAGGCAGGCUCGCGGGUCCAGUGCAUCGCCCGGCCUGUCAACUCCAACGGGGACGAGGGCCAAGAUCUCAGCAGCCCCAUCGUCACCAUCAGCCGCACGGAAGGUAUGUGCCAGUCCCGCAAGAUGGACAACGUGGGCCCAGAGCCUUUCUCGGCCAAGCUGCGCUACACGGGGACGGAUGACCCCAAACAUUCCAACCUCGUCAAAGUGACUGUCACCAUGCCGCACGUGGAUGGCAUGCUUCCUAUCAUUUCAACACGUCCACUUAACAAUUUCGAGCUGACCCUGAGCCCGGACGGCGACCACCGCUGCUCCAACCUGCCGGACCACGAGGAGGUGAGCGCGGGCCACGGUUUUCUGACGGCGGGGCGCUCGGCGCCCUACCCGUUCAGCCUUUCUCUCCGCGGGAAUGCCACGCGACACUUCUACCGCCACCUCGACCUGGAUGCCUGCCUGUGGGAGUUCAGCGGCUACUACCGCAUGUCCGAGCUGCUCACCGACUGUGGGGGCACCAUCGGCACCGACGGACAGGUCCAGAAUUUGGCGCAGUCAUACGUGACUCUGCGCGUGCCCCUCUACGUGUCCUACGUCUUCCUCUCACCAGUGGGCAGUUGGCAGCACUUUGACCUCCGCUCCGAGCCGCGGCUGACCUUUGCGUACGAAACCGCCUUCCCGUGGACGGAGGGAAUCGGAAGCCAGACGCAGGCCGAGCUGCAGGGCUGGCUGUACCCCAACAGCGUGCGCAUCGACCCGCACGGACGCUUGGUGGUGAGCUUUCGCACCGAAGCUCGCUUCAGGGGUUUGUUCGUCCAGUCGCGCGCCACGGGCCGCGUUCCGGGCUCUCAAGUGUUGUUGGGGACGUCUGAGCUGUCGACGGUGACGAGCGCAACUCAUCCCGCCCUGACGUUCAACCUGAGCUUAGUGAGGAGCGAGCCCACCUUGAACCAGCCCGUGCAGCAGUGGACCUUCACCUCCGACUUUGCCGUGCAAGACUACUCGGGGACCUACACCGUCAAGCUGGUCCCCUGUACCGCCUCACGGAUCACGGAGUCCUCGGCGCCACCCGUGUGCAGCCCAAGAGAACUGGUUGUCUUUGAUGUGGAUAUUCGAAUUCAGCAAGUUAGCGAUCCUGUGGCUGUCGAGUUCAGUCUGAACACUCAAAUGUUCCUUCUGUCGAAAAGAAGCCUGUGGCUCUCUGACGGCUCUGUCAAUUUAAGCCAAGAGAGCGAUGUUGUCUUUUCGGAAAGCGACAUUGUAUAUGGUCGGGUGAUGGUGGACCCAGUGCAGAACCUUGGAGAUUCUUUCUUCUGCAGCAUCGAGAAAGUUUUCCUGUGCGCCGGAGCCGAUGGCUACGUUCCCAAAUACAACCCCACCAACUUGGAAUUUGGCUGCCUGGCUGAUUCGCCCUUGCUCCUCUACAGAUUCAAAAUCAUCGACAAAGAACAGCCAGAGACUCAGGCGCGAGUUUUCGGUGAUGUGGAUUUUAACGCCAUGCUGGCGACGGAGGACCCUUCGGCCUCGCCACUUGUCAUGCAGCCCGGAUCUGACGGAUUCAAGAUGGAUUCCAGGCCCAUGUUCCAGGUUGCAUCGGGUCGCGAGUGGUACAUUCACACCAUCUACAUGGUACGCUCCAGGGAAGGUGCCAAAAGAGGCAUCAGGAACCGCAGUCCGGAAUCUCACCACCACCGCCGCCACGCCUUCACCUCCACGGGCGGUAACCGCGAUUGGGCCAGGAGGUCCGCUUCGACCCCCCUCCUUGAGAAUAUCGGAGCACGUGCCAACCGCGGUACAAACAUCAUCCACGUCGCUCUGGACCGCGCCAAACGUCCGGCGGCCGCGGGGUACGCCCACCGGGAGGCCGGCAAGCUGAUCGGCGACCGGUGGGAAGAGAGGGCGGUGGCCGGGGCCCUGGCGGGCGUCCUGCUGAUGGCACUGAUAGGCGGUGUCCUGGCGUUGGCGCUGCGCUUCAGACGCAAGGACGGCGGCCGGGAGCGAGGAGGGCGGGAUGGCGUGCGGGAAGCCAUCAAAGGUUCGCUUAGCUUAGAGCCCAUCUUGGUGGUCAGGAUGCAAAACGGUCGCAACAGCUCCGACGUCUGACACGUCGCAAAUAGAUGCCAUCGAUAUACUUGAUCAUCUGAUUUUUAUUUCUUUUAUGGACCAUUUUUUUAUACUAUGGAAUGCUGGGACAGAAGCGUAUGAUGACCACGCAACAAGGGGAAAAAUGACUAUGCCGUGCUCUAAAGUUUUGUUUUUUAAAAUAUUAAUAAUAAUUACCCUGUUUGGAAAAAAAACAUCUAUAUAUUUGGGGAAAUGUAUUUAUUACAUGAUUAAAAUCAUGCUGAUUAGUCAAAAAAUUACAAAGCAAACUCAUUUGUAUAAAGCAUUUCAUACACAAGAUAACUCAGUGCGCUUUACACGAUUAAAAGCAUUCCAAUGUAUACAUUAAACAUUUUUAAAAAGUACAAUUGAAACAGCUUUUAGUGCAAGAAACAACACUGAAAAGUGGAAGUAGUCAUAAAUGCAUAAAAUAAAAUAAUAUUUUUUAAUCUGGAUUUGAAAACACUCACACUUGGGGCUGACGUCACCUCUGUUGGCAACUUAUUUCAUUUUUUUGCAGCAUGAAGUCAGUCUUUUACCUAAAAUAAUUAACAUUACAACAACCCAAAAAGUACGACGUUCCAUGGGGGGGGGGGGUAGUAAAAGUGUAAAUACUACCACAUUUAAGUCAAUAUUUUAUGGGAAAUUUUGUAAGAUUUUGUAAUCCCAAGUCAAAACAAAAAAAUUGAAUAUUACACGAUCAAAGUAAAAAUCUUAUAGAAAAAUUACUUUUUUUCCCCACACAAAAUAUAUAUAAUAAAUAUUGAAAAUUUUGAGUAUUUUUUUUUUUACAGAAAAAAAGUCAUAAUCAUAAGAGGAGAACGUUUAGGUUUUUUUUUAGAUUAAAAAAUGGGGCAUGAAAUCACAGCUGUAUUUUUUUUUACCCCAAAUUACAGUCAGAAAAUUACAAGAUUGAAGUUGUCAAAAUAUUUUAGUCUCCCUUUUAGAAGACAUAAAAUUCUUUUCCAAGAGUUUUACAAUCCCAUUCAAAAGUUUGGGUUUCUCAUGCAAUACAAAGAGAGAGUGGACCCAAACUUUCACAAAGUACUGUACACCUUUUUAACAAGGACACGAGAACUUUUUCUUUUGAAUUUGAAUUUUAAACCUCGACAUGCCGCAUGGACUGCAUUUAUUAUAACAUGUAAUACAUGUAUAACAAACAGCGUAAAAACCUUUCAUCAGUUAUUACUUUGAAUCUCUUGUUUACAUUUUGUGUGGAUUGUGUCCUACGACUACAGAGUUUUUCCUUUCAUUAUUUUCCAGCGAUGUAUUCUCAUCACAUCAUUAUCACUAUGUAGACUUGAACUGUAAACGCACACAAGAAGAAGCUGCUGUACGGUCACUGUGAACGUUAUAACUCAUAUCAUAUUGCUUGUUCCUAUUUUUUGUUUUUUUUGUCUCAUGAUGAACAGGACUACUCUCCAACUGUGUACUGUAACCCUCGCCCAUCCAAAUCCAAGCUAUGCAAUGUCACGUAAUGUUUACGACAUUGUAGCCACGCUUCCCGUGAACACUGCAGUCACAAUCAAACUUCGUAUUCAUUUUGUCUUUUUAUGUUUUUUUUUUUUUUAUUGAAAAUUUCAUAGAAUAAAUUUAGACGCUUUGCUCCCAGGGC